AUGCAAGACAUUAUUUCUGACAAGUUUUCAGACUUAGGCAGUAAAGAAGUUUCAAAUAUUAUUUUAAAGGCAUGGUCAUGUCUUUCUAAAAAUUAUAAAACAAAAUAUAGAAUGAAGAAGAAUAUUUUGAAAAAAAUUUUUGAUAUUUUAAAUGAUAGUCCUUCUCAAAUGAAAAAAAAAAUUUCUGAUAAUUUUUAUUUAUAUCCACAAUAUCCAACACAAAGUCAUAAUCUGAUAAAAUUAAUUCUCUUUUGCGCUCUUCCUAUAUUAAUUUUAAUUGAUGUUGUUCUUGAUGUAAUGAAUUCUUCAGGAAAUGAUGCAACUGAACUUGUUAAACAAUUUCAACUUAUUUUAUCAAAAUUUGGAUUAGCUCAUAAAAAUAUCGUAAACAUUACUAAUGACAAUUGUGAUGUGAAAGUUCUUUUAACACAAAUAAAAAUCAAAAUUAUUCUAUGUUUGACAAAUAUUUUACGAAUUAGCAUUGAAUUAGGGCUUUCUUGUAUUAAUGACAUUUUAGAUAAGUCAAAAAAGUUAAUCGAAGUUCUAAUCAAUGACACAAAUCGAAAAAAAUUAAGAAACAUUCAACAGCAAAUUGAUCAAACUAUACAACAACUAUUGGAUGUAAUAGAUGUCAAAGAAGACUGGAAUUCAAUUUAUCAUGCUAAUCACCAGUUAAUAAAACUUCAACUUCCAAUUUAA